CAGCCGUGAUAGACGUCAUUUCCCAUGAAGCAUUGCGCGGUUGAAGUCCAUGUUCAACCGUGUGGACAGCGUGUGUCUGCAUGGCAGGAGCAUGGCGCGGAGUGUGCUUUCGAGGACACGUUAGAAACUCCGAGUCAACACGAGUUCAAUGCUGUGAGAGUUUGGGAAUUUGAGGAAUAGAUGAUGCAGCGUGUGCUGUGUCCUACAGCCGUCCCGUUGCGCUUUGUGUGCCUGGACCACAACAUGAGGGACCUGAGUAUCGGUGCACAGAUCCUUCAUAUAAAUCACUUUACUGUACGCUACUUCAGCUCCUCCAGCAUCACCAGGAACUCCGAGUCCCACAAGACACGUCCUGAGGUUCAAACAGCUGCACAGAAGCAUGAAAGAAGCCAGGGAGAAACAGGAGCCUCGCCACAGAGCAAUAAAGACCUCGAUCCACUGCAGGACAAAUCAAUUGGCCUCUAUCAGAGGUUUAAGAAGACUUUUAAACAGUAUGGCAAAGUGAUGGUGCCGGUGCAUCUUGUCACUUCCACUGUGUGGUUUGGGACGUUUUAUUAUGGUGCCAUGAAAGGGGUGAAUCUUGUGCCGUUUCUGGAGUACAUUGGCUUACCGGACAAGCUCGUGGGUAUUUUGCGAGACUCUCAGGGUGGAUAUGCACUAACAGCCUACGCAAUGUAUAAGCUUGCUACGCCAGCCAGGUACACGGUGACGCUCGGCAGCACGUCUCUCUCUGUGCAGUACCUCCGUAAACAUGGCUACUUGUGCACCCCUCCUCCCGUCACAGAGUACCUGCAGGACAAGAUGGAAGAGACCAGAGAGAGACUCUCUGAGAAGAUGGAGGAAACGAAAGAACGAUUUUCAGAGAAGAUGGAGGAAACUAAAGAGCUUCUGUCCGAACGCAUGGAAGAGACUAAAGAGCGCUUCACUGAAAAAAUGGAGGAGACGAAAGACAAGCUGGCUGAGAAACUGCAGGAGUCCAAAGACAAAGUGUCUUUACGGAAGAAAACGGAUUAACAGAAAACGAUGAAUCUCAAAGGGUUGUAAACUUCCAUGAAUCACUUCUAAACAGUGUAAAUGUGUUAUGCAUCUCAAACUUCCUGUUUUACUGCAAAUCGAAAUGAUCCAAAGGGCCUGAAUUCUCAUUUAUGUUUAACAUUAUUCAGUAAGACCUAGAAACCUGAACAUGUACAUAACUGAUGAGGGCUGAUUUCUAUUUCUGCGUCAAUGCACGUAGAUGUGCUUGUAUGAAGAGAAAAGAGGUUUAUAGAAAAAUAGAAUAUUACCACAAAAACAUGGAAACAGUCUACCUUUCAAAAUAAGUUCAGGUACAUGACUAGACCUCUAAGACCACAUACCUUUAUUCUAAAAGCCAAUUAACGGUACACCACAUAUACCUUUCCCAAGUAAAAUGUUCUCUCUCUCUAUCUAUCUAUAUAUAUAUAUAUAAAUAAAUAAAAUUACACACACUAUGGCUAAAAAUGACACAAAAAACCCAAACAGAUGUUCUCUUGACAAGAAAAAGAAGUUUGGUACCUUUAUGUCUGAGAGCGUAGAUAUUUGAUGCAAACCGAUAGUAACUGCUAUCAGAAGCAAUUGAGUGUCUCUUGAUCUUCAGGAAUUUAUUUGUGCACGUUUUAUGUGGGGUCUGACUACUGCUUCAUCUGAAAAAGCAGGAAAGCGCCGUUUUUAUUGUAGAACGUAAAUGGCUACCGUGUAGACAUAAACCUCAGCAGUCAAGCAGACGCUGAACAGGGGAGUGUAUCUGGGAGUGCACUGGGUUUGGGAUCAAAACUUGAACAAGAUUAGAAUUGGCACAAAAGACAAAGGGGACAGUUUCUCUUAGGAGUGACUUUCUAAAGCACUUUUAUGCCCCAGUGUCAAACCAGUAAGGAAUAAUUGGGAGAUGGUGAAAACUUGAGGCGUUUCAGUUGUGUGCGAUUGUGCCCUGUGAUGGGUUGUUACCCCGUCCAGGGUGUCCCCCUCCAUGUUUCCUGUGUCUCCCGGGAUAGACUACAGGUUCCCCACGACCCUGUGUAAGAUAAGCGGUGCAGAAAAUGGAUGGAUUCCUACAAAUGAUCCUCAAGCGCAGUGGAAGCAACUAAACUUUUCAUUUCAUCCAGCGCUUUUCUUAUUCUCUACAUGCUGCUUUGGCACAUAUGACAAUUUCUCCCUAUAUUAGGAAAAACACCUCAGCUGGAGUGCAGACAGACUUGUUUACACUGUAUUUUAAUCCAUCUCACUUUGUGACACUACCUUUUCCUCAGCCACAGGUUCUUCCAUCCCGUUGUUCAAAGGCAGUUUACGUCUUACCCGUUUAUAACACAACGUGGUGCAUCUACAUGCUGGAUGAAAAUAAUAAAAUGCUUCCGUAUGAGCAGAGCAGGACAAGUGUGAUUCUUCUCUACUAAUACUGUCUGAAAAGGUUUAAGUAGCAUCCAUGUUAAAAAUGAUACUACCCGGGUCUCUCUCUAUUGACGAGUAUUACAAUGGCACAAUUUAUGUAUAAAACUUGAAAUAGCAAUAAUCAGUAAUGUAUUGUGGCUCGCAGAGCAAAUAAAGAUAUUUAAUGAGUAUUUUAAACAUGGAAUAGUUGUAGUAAAGGUUUGUGGAUGAAGGCGGGUGAAUUGAAUCAGAGGGAAUCAGCGAAAGCCAUAAGUGUAUGUGGAGAUUAAACUAUUAACAAAAUAGUCAAAAUCCUGAUUUAUGAUUGAGCACACAUUGUGUGGGGAAAAUGAAGCUAAGCACAGUCUUCUAAUAAACUACUUUUGUUCAUCCUUACCCGAGUUUAAUUCACUGGUCCCGAGUGUGAACACAGCAAAUGGAUUUGCAGCUGUAUUCUCGGUGUUAUUACAGCGUCGCGGCAGUGAAAGGACAGACACACUAGUAUUUUUAUGUUUUAAUGGUUUGCGCUGUAGUUUGACCACAGCAGUACAAGCAUAAAAUCUUUGACUACAACAGCAUUUAGAGCAACGUUUUUUGACUAUUUUGAACUUUUUUUUUCUGAAAAAGUAUUGCAAUAACAGACCUUAGGCCUAGAACCUAGUACAUCACAAUUGCUUAAAUAAAAAGAGGCAAAAUACACAUAUUUAACGUGUCUAUAAACAUAUGCAUGUACGUGCAUGCAGAGAUACACGUACACGCUUAUGCAUACACACAAAAAUGCUGGGGUACAAUUUUUGUAAAUAGAAACUAAAAAUGAUACAAAGUCCAUGACGGAAGCAGUCCGGUAUUGACCAAUAAUGCUGAAAAGCUACGGUUAGCGGUGGUGUGCACAAGCAUCUGAUGCUUUGAGGAAAACGAACCGAGACGUAACCGGUUUCAGUCGGCGCUCGUAAGGGUACAGCCUUCUCCGGUUUUACAAAUCACACCACAGACCUCUCAAGGCUACCUGCCACGGAGCACUGGAGAAAUGAAAUGGCGUUGCUAUGUACAUUAUCUUCAGUUCCAUUGAUGUGAACGUGCUCAACAGUUACAGUGGACACCCAGCAGGGUUGUGAUUUAUAAAAUAAAAAUAAAAAUUGAAUAAAAACCCCCAUUUUGUUCCGACAUACCACGCACACAGAAUGUGUGAAAUAAAUAAGUAAGAAAUAAGAAUGGUAGAAGUGUCAGUGUAGUCGCUGUCUGGAGAGAUUAUUAAAAGAAUGGAAGCAUAGCAUUGCAUGGAAAUUUAAGACUGGUUAUUACGUGGUUACAAAGUACCUCAAAUCAUAUCGAAUAUAUGCACUUUCUAAACAAAGUCCGGACAGCGAUUGAUGGUUUUUAUGCGAUACAGACAUACUGACAUCCCCAAACGAAACAUCAAAGUCUCUGCUGUCCUGAUUUGAGUAUUUCUGCACGUUUUUGUAAGCUGCUCCUUUAUGAAACUUGCUUUCAUCCUGUCUGUGUGCAAUGUAAAGCAUGUCCAUGUCCUAAAUCACCAGUUCAACCAUGGGAAUGUAGGGACUUUUGUUGUUGUUGUUGUUGUUGCUGCAGUAUUGUAUUGGUGAAAUGGAAAGAAGCUGUAGAAGUUUAAACAUUUAAUUUAGACGUCAACAAAUGUCAUGAUGCCCUGUUCAUGAAGUGUCAUCACUGCUGUGACUUUCUGAACAUGAUCUAAGUUUGAGCUUCCUCUGGAUGCCAAAUGAUUGUACGGAAGCGAAUCCAUUUUGUAAACACGAUUAAAAACGUUAAAAACGA